AUGGUGGAUCUGGGUAUACAUCACAGAAACGAUAAACAAGUGCUGAAUACCUCAGUGCAGGAGCUUGCUGCUCAGGCGGCAAGUCUUGCUAUGGCUGAAGCAGCAAAGAACAUCACACCACCAAAUUCAGCUUAUCAGUUUGAGGUUUCUUGGCGAGGAUUGUCUGGUGAUCGUACUCUGCAGGCUCGUUUAUUGAAGGUUUACUGUAGUCGUCAUUUGUUUGGAUAUGGUGACGUGUAAAAGAUAGUGUUCUAGAUUGCUAAGUAGAUUAUAUUUGCACCUUUACCUAAAAGUAAUUUAUUCGGCAGAACACAGUAAUGAUCCCUCAAGUAUGCGCUGUUUGUUAUCUUGGUCAUCAUCCUUUCAAUUUCAUUCCUUUAGUCUAUCAAAUGUUCAAUGUGUGUCACUUUGGUCCAAUCGGCAGUGGCAGUUUGAAUUGACCAAGAGAAUUGGCCAUGUGUGUCUUUCAAAGAAGUGGUUUAAAUUGACUAUUAGAAAUGGUCUUGUGCGUCUCAGGUGACCACACUUCAGGAGCUUUCUUUACAAACUCAAGGAACUAAAGUGACAAAUGGAAAGAAUAAAGACCAAUGUGACAUAAGUUGGAAACUUGAGGGACCAAAGUGACCCUCAAUUUUGGUAACAUGAGAUGAGACGUAUGUUACCACUUCCGUUAGUUAAUUUUUUUUAACAGUCUUCGGCUAAUUCAUUUAGACCUCCAUUUUCAAUUAGAUUAAAGUGAUACAAAUUGGAAAUGUGAGGUACUAAAGUGAAGAAAUUGAAAGAAUGAGGAGCCAAAUGAUACAAAAUGCUUUCUCUUGGGACUAUUACUGCAUUUUUGCCAGAUCGAUUUCAGUAUCCUCUUAGUCUGCUGGAUGGUUAUUUGGUUAGAUACCUUUAAAAAAUGAUAUUUGAUAUUUGCUAGAAGACCUAUAAACGUAGUCGUAUAAUAUUCUGAUGUGCCAUGUUCUGCAUGGGGACCUUCAAAGGAAUUGUCUAUGCAUUGUGGGCAUAAGUAAUAAGCACACAGAUGCUGCAAAAGAAAAAGGGUAUCGGGCACAUGUGCUUGCAAUAUUUAUAUACUGGGCACUAUUAUCCUUUCCAAAUGCUUCUCUCUGAUAAUUUCUUUUUUAAGCAGUGUGCUGCUUUAUUUUUGUUGCAACUGAUUCUUCUUUUUUUUUCCCCGCAUUGUUAGACUAUUUCACCAGCUGCAUUGC